AGCAGCCUUUGCUUUUGUGGGUGGGGGGUUCCUCUUUUAAAUCCUGACAUCAAAACACGGGACUGAUUUUGUUCUUUAUUACUGGAAAAUUAAAGAUAUAUUGUUUUUAUUGGAUUGCCUCCACGCAGACAGGUCAUCCGGGGGCCAGCAUGUCUUGGGGAGCCCUCUACGCCCAGCUGGGCGGCGUCAACAAACACUCGACCAGCCUGGGCAAGAUCUGGCUCUCGGUGCUCUUCAUCUUCCGCAUCACCAUCCUGGUGCUGGCGGCCGAGAGCGUGUGGGGCGACGAGCAGUCCGACUUCACGUGCAACACGCAGCAACCAGGCUGCAAGAACGUGUGCUACGACCACUUCUUCCCGGUGUCGCACAUCCGCCUGUGGUGUCUGCAGCUCAUCUUCGUGUCCACGCCGGCCCUGCUGGUGGCCAUGCACGUGGCCUACAGGAAGCGCGGCGACAAGAGGAGCAUCCUGGCCUCCAACGGAGCCGAGAAGCCCACCGACACUGACCUGGAGACCUUGAAGAGGCGGCGUCUUCCCAUCACGGGCACACUGUGGUGGACGUACACCUGCAGCCUCUUCUUCCGCCUCAUCUUCGAGGGCGGCUUCAUGUACGCGCUCUACUUUGUCUACGACGGCUUCCAGAUGCCCCGCCUGGUCAAGUGCGAGCAGUGGCCGUGCCCCAACAAGGUGGACUGCUUCAUCUCCAGACCCACCGAGAAGACCAUCUUCACCAUCUUCAUGGUGGCCUCCUCGUCCAUCUGCAUGGUGCUCAACGUGGCCGAGCUGGCCUACCUGGUCGCCAAGGCGCUCAUGAGGUGCUCCAGCCGGAGCAAGAGGAAACUCUCCUACAACCACAAGGAGACCAUGAUCAGGGACAACGCCGUCGUGCAGAACAAGAAGAACGAGCUGCUGCUCUCCUCCUCCUCCGACUCCUCCAGCCGCAAGACCGUGUGUUGAAGGACGGGACCAGCAAAAUCUCCACAGGUCUCCAUCAUUUGGCUUGUGAGGGCCCUUCUGUGUCCACAUGACACCAGGGGAACAAGUCCCGAACAUGAGCUUAAGUCUGGAGGACAUUGCUCUUGAAAAGCCAUCAUGGUGACAGGUUGAAGCCACAAAAUAAGCAAUUUUCACAUCUUUUGCAGGACAUUUGGACUAAAGUGUUGGGACACAACUCUUAAUCAAUCAAUGGAUCAAUCACAACUUGGACGUUAGUUGUCUGGGAACACUUUAGGGAAGACCCUUCUCCAAGAUUGCGUGGUCCACAAUGGCCUCCUUGGAGGAGAAUGGAGUGAAGGAACAAGCCUGUUAAACGCCUCACAAAAAUUCCCGUAGACGCAUUCCAAAAUGUUGUAGCUCGUGCCGUAGUUUGCCACAAGAAAAGGGACAUAGGAUCUCCAACGUGGCGUAGUUUGACAUGAAAAUGUGAUUUCUAACCAUGAACACUACGAGUCUAUGAAAACACAACGUGUUCUCUCAAAAUGGCAGAUUUAAAAUGCUGCAUUAGGACACGAGAAGGUCAGUUUGGUCACACAAAUAUAAAACACAAAAAGGUUAGCCGUGACAAAUGGCCCAGUUCGACAUCUCGUGUUGAUGGUGGACUCCAGCCGCAAACGAGGAGGACAACUCCAUUUUUCUUCACUUUCCACCGUCCUGCACGUGUCCCAAUACUUUUGUCCACACAGUGUUGCAACACUUAUUAUCAAAUGCAGAUGGUUCCCUGCGUGAAAUGCGUUCCCGUGCGGUUCGUUUCUUGCAAAUAUUUGCGGGGAAAGCCAUGUGGCGUGACUGUUCUGCCUCUGAGGGACUUUGAUGAAGCGUCUUCACUUUGAAAGAACUUCAGGAUGAAGUUGCACCGAUGUUCUUUUUGCUUUUCCAUCCAAUACAGUGGAACCUCUAAAGCCGCACGCGAGCUUCUCAAACUGCCCAUUUCUUAUACAGUAUCUUUCCUCCAUAGGAAAUCCUGGCAAAUGGAUUAGUCUGUUCCGGGGUCAAACUGUGUCCAUCAUAGAAUUGUUUCAAGUCCCAUUUGAACAUUUAAUUGUGUAAAAAUGUUUGCAAAUGUUACAAAACUGUGCUGUCGGAAACCCAGCAGUUGCUGGUUGUGAAAGAGUUUUCCUACAAAAAAGCCAAAGAAGAACAAAACAAAGUUCCACUUUGGAGGUUCUACUGUAUUAUUUUUCAAGCCGACGUCUACAUCGGCAUCUAGUGGUUUACAAUGAAAUGUACGCUAACGCGCACCAAAACACUUGAGAGGUGAUUCUUUGUUCGGUGUUAACAUGAAGGCUUAAUCUGCUGCGGUGUUCUGCAUUUAAACGUGUUUUUUCAGCUUUUUCUAAUAAAAU